AAAAUUUAAAAGUAUUAAAGAAUUUGCUAAUACUUUUUAAUAUUUAAAAGAACAUAUUUUUUUAAAAACAAAAUUAAGUAAAAUAUAUAAAAAAUGAAAUUAUUUUAUAUAUUUUUACUAGCGGCACUGACAGUGACCCAUUCCAAAGCUGAAAUUUUACAAUGUUACGUUUGCGAUGGCGACGAUUGCUCCGAUAUUUCAAAAAUGACCAAAGAAUCUUGUGGACCUGAGGAAAUAACAACACCAGAACCUGAGCCAGUAUCAACAACGGAAUCAACAAGUGGAACGGAAACUACCGAAUCACAUGAUACAACAACUGAAUCAGGUUCAGGAGAACCGGAAACAACAACGGAAUCUGGCGAAACAGCAUCGACUACAGAAAGUCCUGAAUCAACAACAGGCUCAGGCGCAACAACGACUACUGAAUCUGCAGCACCAACAACAACAAUUGCUCCAGAAACGACAACAAUUGGAAGUGAAACAACAUCGGAAGCUAGUCCUGAAAUAACAACUACUAGUGCUCCGGAAACAACCACUUCAGGAUCUGUUACAACAACUAAUACACCUGAAUCAACAUCAACUGGUGCUACAGAAACGACAACUAAUACACCUGAAUCAACAACAACUGGUACUCCAGAAACAACAACUUUAGAAACUAUUACUACAACUAACACACCUGAAUCAACAACAACUGGUGCUCCAGAAACAACAACUUCACAACCCGAAACAACAAGCAUUAAACCCGAAUCUACAACUAUUAAAGAUCCGAUAACAACGACUUUGGGGACAGUUGAGCCAGAAUCGACUACUGUUGACGAUCCGGUAACAGCACCAUCUACAGUUCAACCCGAAACAACAACUGUUUCAGCACCAGAAACCCCAACCUCAGGUCCUGCACAACAACACCAUUGCAACCGAAACUACAAUUGUACCAACGAACCAGAAACAACAACCGUUUCCUCACCAGUAACCACAACUGCAGAUUCUACAACAACAACCAAUACAGCCGAAACAAAACUGUUAAUACCAAAUCAAAACGUUCAAUUUCUCCAUCAGCUAAAACUGAAAAAGGGCUGUGUUGCCAUACCAACUGAAAAAUCUGCCUGUGAAGUGGUUGCUGAUAAGGUCGGCGAAGAGAACAUGAUUAAGACUCAUGCAAA